UUUGACUGUUGUGGUUGUUUGUCUCCAGAUCCAGCUAAAUACCCACCUCAGCUACCACCCAGGAACAUCUCAGGAGGGCUGUCAGGCAAUGGCAGUAAAGAGACCCAUGGGGGAGAGUCACAGACUUCAGAGCUCGCCUGUGCUUCCCUGAGAGACACAUACCUACAGAGGCUGCAACAGUUGGACAUGUCUAACCUGCCGGAAGAGCAUCAACAAUCCAUCCAGGAAUACUUCCACACCUCACUCUGUCUCGAUGCUGAGCAAGCCCAGAAUGGGAAUCCCAACUUUCCCCGUCUGAAAAAGCUCACUAUGGGAAUUUGCAAACAUCUUAACAGUGAGAUCUCCCGUACCCUGCCCACUCUGGAGGCCUUCCAGAGGCUUCUAGACCAACAGCUGUCCCCAGGGGUCGGCCGAAUGAGAAGUCAG